AAUGUUUCUUUGUAUACGACCUUAUCACGUUUAGUUGUAUACUAUGUUGAUAUAUACGACACACGUUUGCACAAAAUCACGCAAUAAAUUUUAUAUUACAUCAUCAAUCAGUACACCUCGCAUCAUUUAAUUAUAAUUUUCAAUCUACCUAUUAGAUAUCAAAAAUUUCAGAAUAAGUAUGGCAAAAUAUCGAUUUCCCCAUUAAUAAAAUACGAUUAAAAUAUGAUCGACGAUUAGAGAUAAUCUUAAUAUCAAAUAAUUUACGUAUAUUAUAAGAUUAUAAAGUAAGAAUUAUAUCAAUAAUUCUUACUUACGUUAUAUUUUCAAAAUAUGAAGAUAAAGUUGGUUUUGGGGAUGGUUUAGCUGGUCAGGAUCAUCCUCAACCAUGUUACGUGCUGCAGAGAAAAAGAUACUUUCUUGUUUAAAAACAGCAUACCGAGGAUGGUAUGUAGAUAUUGGUCCCGUAGUUGGUACAGCCGAUAAAAUAUGGACUAUAUCUUUGAACGAAGAAUCGGCCAAAACCCCUAUUGUUCUCUUACAUGGUUUGGGUGCAGGUGUAGCUCUUUGGUGCUUAAAUUUUGAUGCACUUGCAUCGCAAAGACCAGUAUAUGCUAUAGAUCUUUUAGGUUUUGGUAGGAGUAGUAGGCCAGUUUUUAGUUCAGAAGCAAAAGAAGCAGAGGAACAGUUAGUUCGUUCUAUUGAAGAAUGGAGGAGAGAAAUGCAAUUAGAAAAAUUUGUAUUGUUAGGACAUUCAAUGGGUGGUUUCCUAGCUGCAUCCUAUACUAUGCAACAUCCAGAAAGAGUAAAACACUUGAUUCUUGCGGAUCCUUGGGGAUUCCCAGAGAGACCUUCGGAAGUAGCAAUAAAAGCAAAUGUUCCUCUUUGGGUUAAAGCCAUAGCUUUUGUAGUACAGCCCUUAAAUCCUCUUUGGGCAGUAAGAGUCGCAGGUCCAUUUGGACAAUGGCUUAUUGAAAAAACUAGGCCAGACAUAGUUAAGAAAUUCUCUUCAUUUUUGAAAGAUGAUACAGGAGUAAUUUCACAAUAUAUACAUCAAUGCAAUGCCCAAACUCCAUCUGGCGAAAGUGCUUUUCAUGCCAUGAUGCAAGGUUUUGGUUGGGCAAAGAAUCCUAUUGUGAAACGAAUGGAUAAAUUAAAUCCAGAAAUUCCGAUAACAUUAUUAUACGGUAGCCGUUCUUGGGUAGAUAAUUCGGCUGGUGAGGCUAUCAAACAAUCUCGUUUGUCAUCGUACGUUAAUGUACAAGUUAUAACAGGAGCAGGACAUCAUGUUUAUGCCGAUAAGAGUGACAUUUUUAAUAAAUACGUAUUGGAAGCAUGUACUUUAAGCGAUUCAACUCAGUCCUUAUUAAAUUCGCAUAUACAUGCAAGUUUAAAAUAUGCAAUAGAAAAUAAUGAUUUAUCGAAAAUUGAAAGUAAUACGUCUGAACCUCAAAGAAUAGAUGAAGAACAAGAAUUAGAUGCACAACGUCCAAGGUCUAGUUAAUGUAUAUUUUAUUAUUUUAUAAAAUAGAAUUUUAUAAUUAUGUACACAUGCAUAUAUGAAUUGUACAUGAACUGCAUGUAUUAACAUGUAAUAUUUAAAAAAAAAAAAGAAACAAUAUGCACAGAUAUAUAGUAUAUUUAGCAUUUGAAUGUUAUUAAACAGUUAUAUAUAUAUAUAUAUAUAUAUAUAUAUAUAUAUAAUACCAUUUUUCAAAAAUUCCUCUAAUUAUAUUUCUGUAUUAAAGCACUGUUAAUCUAUACGUAUUUUGAUGUUUAUUUUUCUAUUUUGACAAUAUGAUAAAAAAAGGAAUUGUAAUUUAAUUGAUUUUGCUCUCGUCAAAAAUUAUACAUUCAGGAGAAAUUAAAAGUUCUCCGAACAAGAUAGUUUCUUUCUAUCCAUGUGUAAUAUAUCGAUAACAUUUAUUGCAUUAAAUAUUUUUUGUUUUAUCUACUGUAUAGCAAUUUUUAACAAUUGAAAUUUUCCAACAGAAAAGAAUUACCAAAGGAAUAAUACUUUGUACAUGUACAACUACAUUAUAUGCUAUGUGGAACAUAAUUUUAACAAUAUUAAUCAAAGUACAAUUAAAUCAAUAAAAAUAUUCUAAGAUUAUUAGAUAAUAAGAUUUUCGUAUUCUUUGAUUGUAUAAUAGUUGAUUAACAGAUUUAUAUAAUGUAAUUAAAUUAUUAUGUAUAAAUAAUUAAAAUGUUCCACUUAAGUAUUAUAUUUAUAUAAAAUAAUAAAAGAAUGUAUCAAUUAA